AUGAAGACCAAAAACAAAAACACGUUUUCGGCCAAAGAGUCGAAACGAUUGAAACAACUUUUGGCCCGAAAUGCGACCGAAAAGCCGACAAAAGCCGUGAAAUCGCGGCCUCAGGACCGCAGCCAAGCACUGGCCGCCCGAUCGCGCGCUCGCCUCUUGUACUCACGAUUUCGCGCACAAAACGAGUUCUUGUAUUCGCACUCUUCGUCCGAAGCGAACGACUUCUUCAGCGAAGACUCGUUCCGCGAAUACCACGCCGUCUACGAGAAGAUCGCCGACAAAUGGCCGCAAAAGCCCAUCAAUCACGUGAUCCAAAGACUCGCCACUCUGACUUCGGAGACUUCGGGCCGUCUCGUGGUGGCGGACAUCGGGUGCGGAAGUCGUGCGCAACUCCGCGACGCCUUUCCCUCGCAUUUCGUCCAUUCGUUUGAUUUGGUGGCCGACAGCCCUCACGUGACCAAAGCCGACAUGUGUUCCCUCCCAUUGGACGCCGACUCGUGUGACGUGACG